AUGAAGCAUGAGCAGAACGAAUCGGCCAUUUCAGGUCAGAUAGAGGCGUAUACACGAAAGAGUAAAUCGAGCCUCAACCACAUUAUCCAGAUGGUCACAAGAACAAAGAAAAUAUUUGUAGGAGGAUUAUCAGCCAACACAGUAAUUGAAGACGUGAAGCAAUAUUUUGAACAGUUUGGCAAGGUAGAAGAUGCGAUGCUAAUGUUUGACAAAACCACCAACAGACAUAGAGGUUUUGGCUUUGUAACGUUUGAAAUUGAGGAUGUGGUGGAAAAAGUCUGCGAGAUCCAUUUUCAUGAAAUCAAUAAUAAGAUGGAUGCUCAGCAAAUUAGACUGGAAUGGCUGGCCAUGACUGAAGGUUAUCCGAACAUUGUAGCAACAUACGGCAGAGGAUACACUGGUUUUGCCCCCAGCUACAGCUACCAGUUCCCAGGCUUCCCAGCGACGGCGUACGGACCGGUGGCGGCGGCGGCAGUAGCAGCGGCUCGUGGCUCAGGUAGGGCGACCCGUGGAAGAGGCGGCGGCUACACGGCAUACGGGCAGAACGCAGGGGCAGGGUUCCCUGAAUAUGGGUUGUACUCCGGGGCCGGCGGUGACGUGCGGGGAGGAGCGCCCUACUCACUGGCCGACUAUGGCUCCCUGGGGGCCCAGGCGGCUGCUCAAAUCCUGCCCAGUGAGCACGCCAGCUCGGCCUGCAACUCUCCCACCUCCCUCCAGCACCAUCUGCACAGCCCGGACCCUUUUAAGAGCCCAGGAAACAACCCAGCCCGGCCUGGAGCUUUUCCUGGUGCCAGCAGUCCCGGUCCUGUAGCUGACCUCUAUGGAAACACCAGUCAGGACUCUGGUGUGAGCAACUACAUCAACGCCACCAGCCCUCAGCCAGGCUCCGCCUUCAGCCACAGCAUCGCUGUGAUGCCAUCCAGCACUAACCACUACAGCAUCCACACAGCGAGCCAGAGCGGGGACGGCACCAGAUGAAGAACAAAAGUCAAAAAUCAUCACAGAAAAAAAAAAAAAAGACGGGCCAGGAGUGGUGUAACGCCUGAGCUGCUGUGGAGAUCCCUCUGUCCGUAACUGGUGUCCUUGUGUAGAGAUUUGCUGGCUAAGAUUUUAUUUUAUUUUAUCUCUUGAUUUAAAUUGCUUUCCUGAAUUGUUUUUUAAAUUUAAAAAUCAAUAAUGAGAUUAUUUUUAAUGUUUCUUUUGAUCCACACGUAGAAAAAGCAAUGUUCAUGUCACUCACCUUUCUGUGUUUCUGCUGAGACGCUGUUGUUACUCGUCUUUUUUAUCUUUGAGUGAAUGAAAGAUUGUCAGUUUGCACAUAUUAAGAACCAACUCGGCUUCGCAGAGACAUUUUGGUUCACGCAUCAAAACACGAGACAAACCAAUAACACUUAGUAGCUUUGGUUCUAGCAAUGUGGUCACUAACUAUUUUUGGCAAUAAGAGGACUUCAAUAUUUUCACAGUCCUGUUUUAUAAAUGUUUUAUUGUCUGGAGAAAAAAGAAAGUCCUUUUAAUUCUGUGUCAGAUUUAAGUGUCUAACUGUAAAUUGUGCUCAUAUAUCAGGCAUAUCGCGGUUUAGAGAGGGACGGACGUAUUUUUGUGAUGGUUAUUGGGCGGAAAAGGCCACAUAACGCUGGAUGGGAGGACAUUAACUGUCUCAUCCAUCGCACAACGCCUGUGGAGAAGAUAACGCAGAUCGUGCACGAUCGGCUCGCUCUGUACUCUCACUCUCCAACUGUGGCUAAUUUGAUACCAGCAUAUUUGUCUACCUGAUGAGCUACAGUGUGCACAAUUAGACGACACAAACGUGUGGAUCUGCACUCUGUGACGCGCAGCUGAAAAGCUCCUCCGUCGUUCCUCCGGAGCUCUGUAGCACGAAAAACAAAUCAAUCCAAAGCACACUUGAUAGUUUUGGGAAUACUGGACGAAAUCAGUGGCGUCCUCAUAUUUCACAAAGAGAUGUUUGAUAUACUGUCACUGUCUUUACAUGUCUGGUGUCACACAAAAGGCAAUAUUUCAAGUUUGAUUUUUUUUUUUGUGUGUGUGUGUGUGUGUGUUUCUUACGAGGAGGAAGACGUGCAGCAGAGGAGUGUUGCUUAUUACCUCAGUCCUGUGUGUUUUGUAACGAUGACCAGAGAACUUGUUUGAGGAGAAAUAUGACUGGCUGACAAAGUGAAGUUGUUGCACUGCUUUUUCGAGGUAAGGCUGAGAGCAGAUUUCAUUUGCACAUUGGUCGGUCAGUCUCUGAAGUGGACUCAGUGAUGUGGAGGACUUUUAUUUACAACCCAGCCUAACUUGAAAACAUUUAUUUACUGUUUUUAAAUGCACUGUAAAAAAAAAAUAAUAAUAAAAUAAAUAUUUGAUUUACGUAAAUACUGUCUGGGCUGCCUUCACAUCUUUAAGUUGACUGGAUCUGAGAAGACAAGUUGAGGUAAUUUUGUUAUGAUUGAACUCUUCUUCCCAAGUUCAGUCAAAAUCUAAGGCAGCCCAGACACUUACUUUUAUAAGUUAAAACAACCACUUACACACUGUAAAAUCUGAAAAGUUGAUUUUACUUGACAAAAAAAAAGUAUUCGUUUCAACUUCAAUAAUGCCUGGGCUGCCUUCAAAUUUUUAAGUUGACUAAAUUUGAGAAGACAAGUUGAGGUAAUUUUGUAAUUAUUCAACUCCUCUUUCAAGGUUCAGUCAAAUUCAAGGCAGCCCAGACACUCGCCUUUUUUUUUUUUAAUU